AUGCAGGCCUACCAAGAGGCCCAGGAAGCGAGGCAGGAGGCACUACGUCAGCAGCAGGAGGCACUACAUCAGCAGCAGAUGCUGGCACUUUCGCAGCACUACCAGCGCCAGCUGACAGACCUGACCGGCUACUUCCGGUCCCAGAUGCCGGGAACGGACGAGCCUCCUGCCUCGCUCUUCGCUCCACCAGAAGUUCCACUGUCUGCUCCUGCUCCUGCUCCUGUACCUUUUCCAGCACAGUCGGCAGGUUCGAACCCGACUCCAGGUGCUAGCCCUCCACUGGGUCCUUCUCCACCCUACCAAGCUUACCCGACCUACCCCACGCAGCCGUACAUGUACCCUCCACCGUCGCAGGGGUACUCCUCGUGGCCGCCUUUCCCGACGCAGCAGGGGCACUCCGGGCCGGCAAGCGUCACAGCGCCGCAGAACAGGUGGAACUACGGUACGUCUUCGCAGUCGGGUUGGCGUCUGUAUGAGCACGGUGGUGGCUCUGGGACCCCUGGGGACGACGCACAGAGCUAG